AUGAAUUUCCUAAGAAGAAACGCUGGUAAUUUGUGUAAAGGCAAAACUUUUGGAAAACACCUUAACAAGUCUCUAAUCGAUCUAGCCAAUAUAAAUAAAAGAAAAAUAACCAAUAUAACAAACAUUGGAAAAUAUGGCCAUAGGUACCAAGCAAAAAAUUCGAGCUCUCUUGUUGACGGGAAACGAUUUGCUUCAAGUGAAGCACAAAAAUUAUCAGAAGUUGUAAAGGCAGAGGUGCAACAUGAGAAAUCCAAUUAUGAAGCACCAGAUAAUAUUAAAAAGUUUUUACAAACAUCCGGAUGGAAAUUUGAGGAACAAGAAGGAGAUGUCAACAUGGUGUUAACCAAGAACGUGGAUGGAAUGAAAAUCAUAAUCGAUUUUCAACUUGUAUCUCCAUUUCAAGCAGAAGGAGAAAAUGAAGCUCAAGCAGAAAUGACUGAUUUCUCAGUAACCGUUGAAAAACCAAAUAAACAAGGAGGUAUUACCUUUUAUUGUACCACCCUACAGAAUGAUGAAAAAUUUAGAUAUAUGAUUGGAAAUGUUAAGUACUAUAGAAAUGAAGAAGGAAAAAAUUCCGUAUCAGCAUAUAAUGGACCUGAAUUUGAGGAUUUAGAUGACUCAUUGCAAACUUCGCUUGAUGAAUGGUUAGCCAAUUUAGGAGUGGAUUCAGAGUUGUGUGAUUUUAUUGAUUCAUGUAGCAUUGACAAAGAGCAAAGAGAAUACAUGUCAUGGCUACAGAAUAUUUCAAAUUUUAUUGAAUCUUAA